GCAACCCGCCAUAAAACCAAAAGAAGAAGAAGAAGAAGUCGCUGCUUCCGUGGUCCUUAAACACGCGUGAUAAAGAGAGUCAAGACGGUUGUUAACUGCUGUGUUAUACAAUAAUGGGUAAAACAAAAAAAUCUCGUAAUCGUAGUAAGUUUAAUUACAAUAAAGACAAAAAGAAACUGAAAACGAAGAUAAGAAGAAAGGAGAAACCGCACAUAGAAUGUCCUCAGAUACGUAAUGCUUGGGAUGAACACAAAACAGUAAAGCAAAAUCUACGAGACAUGGGGCUGUCACUUGGGACAAAGGGUAUGCUUCCUAUUAAAAACAAAAAGGAUAUGGAAAGUAAACCAGCGGAGACAAAUGUAUUGAAACCCUACGUCAUUGAAGCAAUGGAGGUAGAGGCCAGUCUCCGUGGUGAGGACAGAACCACAUGCUCCACUGACAUGACUGAAUAUGUUCAAUACAUGGUGAAGGAACACAAUGAGGAUUAUAAGGCAAUGGCAAGGGAUGAGAAAAACUACUAUCAGGACACACCGAAGCAGAUUAAACGGAAAGUGGAAUUAUACAAACGGUGUCAUCCUAAGGAAUAUGCUGCGUUCAUUGCGUCUCUGCAAUCUCAGAAGUCUAUGUGAUGUCACAGCGAAGAACUGGUGUCUUAAACUUAUGGUCAGAAUGUCACCUUUGUGUCUGUCAAGUGUGUGGACGAGUGUAUACACAGAGAAAAGCUUUUCAACAGUUUGUUUCUACUAUGGCAACUUUCUUUUUAUAAUGUUAACUUUUAAACGACGUGUAUAUGAAUCUAGUGAGGAGCUUGAGUAUCUUCCGAAGUAUAAAAAAUUACAUUUUGUAAAUUCUGACUUAUUGAUGGGUAAGUUUAAUGUGUUUUGGCAAAUAAAAAUAAUACACAGGAGUGAAAACAACUCCAAUACAAUGCAACAAAGAAAAAAGUCUGGGUUCGGUACAAGCUAUCUCAAAAUAAUUUUGAGUUGUUUUUUUUUAAAGAGCGUUAUUGUGGUUACAUUUACAUUAAACAUGGGGUUAGGGUUAACCCUAACCC